UAUAGUAUGGUCCCUUUCUAUCUCAUUUAAGCGCUCAUUAAACAUUAGUCUACACUGGUUUUGGGGCGUGUCCAACAGUUGUCCUUUUUGCAUCCAUGCAAAACAAUGAACAAAAGUGAAUAAGAUAUAUGAUCACUUCCCCUGUCUGAAUUUAUUAGUUUUCAAUCCAAUUUGCCAUGAUUUGUAAAACAAAACUAAAAUGGUAUACCAGUAAAUUUCAUUCUUAAUGUUUAUUCCGUUGUGAUUAGAUCACAAAAUAUUUUCAAGAUGUCCAAAAAUACUCAGACAGAUGCAUCUGACGGAUCGGAAAUAAAACCAGAAUUUCCUGAAAAUUCAUAUUUAUCAGAAAAUGAAAAAAGUUUCUUUGAAAGUGAACAAGAACCUCAAGAAUUCAAUGUGUUAGAUACAAGAUACACUUUCAUAUAUCAAUGCCCGUUGUGCUUUUAUAAAGAUAGAUAUCUGAAAAAUGUUUUGAAACAUUUCAAAGUUGUUCACAAGUUAAAGUUCGAGUUUCAAAACGUUCAGUUUAAAAAAUUUGCCAAGUUCGAUGUGUGGAAGCGACAAUUAGAGUUAGACACAGGCACCCACUAUCAACUUUCGUGUGCAAAAAGGAUUGGUAAUUUGACAUAUAAUUGUCAUCAUUCAAUAAAACCAACGAUUAUUGGUACAAAUGUAAUUUAUAACGUCUGUCCAGCCAAUAUCGUCGUUAUUCCGACCGCCACGAAUUAUUUGGUACACCUCACUAAAACACAUUUAGGUCACGAAGACAUUACAUUAACCCAUUCCGAGAGAGAGCAAAUUUUCGAAGAACUUUUGGGAACUGUCUCAUUACCAAUCAUUUUAGAUGAAGCAGCCGAAUGGUCCAGGCAUAUGCAAACAGUGCAUCCUUUACACAGGACUUUGUUCGAAAUUCCACCAAUUUGUAAAUCACACCCUGAAAAUGGGGAUGAGGCGUCAGCUAGAGAAGGUGAAAAUGAUUUAGAAGCUGAAAAAUUUAAAAUUCUGGAAACCGUUUCACAAACGCUAGACAAAGUUAAUACGGUAAAUGGAUUGUGUUCGAUGAAAUAUGUUGUUGACACAAUGGAUCCGCUUUUGGAUUAUGUUCAAGACAGCGUUUCAUUAAACCUUACAAAGUCUUAUUUAGAUUAAAGCAUUUUUUGAUUUCUUUACCUAAAUUUGGUUAUCAUAUCGAUGUUUCCGUUUUAUAUUUGCAAUAUAAUUAAAAUAUAAAUGUUGAAACAGUAA